AUGGGGAGCACCGUCGAAGCGAUCAAGAUCUUGGUCAUACCGGCCGUGAUCUCCCUGAUCCUCUUCGUCACCGGCCGCUACGUCCUCGUGCCUAUGUGGCGCACCUACCGCCAGCGCUACAGCCAGUACCUACCUCUCGAUUCCCUAUCCAACCACACCGUGUCCCUGCGCCAAAGGCUCCAAGGGGCCUACUCGGGCAUGUUGGCGCCGACCUGGAGGAGACGCUUCCGCGCGCGCAUCGUCGUGGGCGGCGGGCGCGACGACGACGACGACGACGAUGUCGAGAACAACAAUAAUGGUCGCCGCGGCGCCGACCGCGACGCAGACGACUCGGACGAGUAUACUUCGGAGGAAGGAGAGGAGCUGGCGGACGUGGACGUCGAGUCUUGGUCUUCUGCGGCGCGGACGGGAGGCAGGACGGACGUCGCGAGCAGCGAUAGACGGUUAAGCAGAGACCUGGAGGAGGGUUUCAUGAGUGAUAGCGAUGAUGACGAUGACGGCCGCCAUAGACAGAACUACCGGCGCUGA